CGGAAAGCCGACGAUACAAUCAAGUGCUUAAGUAUCAGCGACGAUUUGAAAUUUGUUGAUAUACCUGAAUGGCCUAAACUUAAUGUAUGGGAAAGUAUGUUUGAUGACAAUACAGAUCUACUUUUUUGAAAAUGAACUUUGCAAUAAAAGAAAACCUCAAUAUGAGUUUAUAAAAAUGGCCUUAAAACUGUUAACUAUUUUUAAGCACACAAUAGGCUUGUCAAAAGCUUUUCAAUAAUACCAAAAUUUGUUUGUACUUAGAAAAUUAACAACUGUUGUCCACAAAAAAAAGUUUAAAAUACAAAACCACAACCAAAAAAAAUGUCUGCUUCACGUCGUUUGAGUCGCGAACUGAGCGAUAUUUUAGCUUCCAAAUCGAAAAUACUGCGCAACAUUGAAGCCUCGGACGAAUCGUUGCUACUGUGGACAGGACUCUUAGUGCCAGAGAAAGCACCUUAUAAUAAGGGCGCCUUUCGCAUUCAGAUUAGUUUCCCGACUCAAUAUCCGUUUUUGCCACCAAAGAUACUCUUUAAAACGCAGAUCUAUCAUCCCAAUAUCAAUGAGAAGGGCGAAGUCUGCCUUUCAAUUAUCACAGCCGACAACUGGAAGCCAACCACACGAACCGAGCAGGUUCUUCAAUCGUUGAUUGACAUUGUGCAUAGUCCACAGCCCGAGCAUCCACUGCGUUCCGAUUUGGCGGAAGAGUACGUAAAGGAUAACAAAAAGUUUAUGAAAACGGCUGAGGAGUUCACCAAAAAGAAUGCCGAAAAACGUCCUUAAUAAGACAAAACAAGACAGUACAAAUUUUAAAUCUUCUUUAGGGUAAGACAGACAGGCCGGGCUGUACUUCAAAAUUUUACAUAAACCAAUAUUAAUUAAACUAGUGUUUGUUUUUA